AUGAUGCCUGAGGGUUCCGAUGCCUCUCUGCGUUUCCGGUUUGAGCAGAAGUAUGGCGGACAAAGCAAGAAUCCUGUGGAGAAAAUUGGCUUGGUGAUUGCCAAUAUCAACGGGCAUCUUGAGAUCUUUGAGAGCGUCAGUCAACUUGACCAAGACACGACAACACCUUCAAGGCAACAACGCGGUAUGACCACUCCCAACACUGCGGCGGCUGCUGGUGGUCGAGUUGUGGAUUUGACAAGUGGGAAUGAGGUGUCGGAUCUUCGACUGCUGGUAGUAGUGGUGGUAGUGGUGGUCCAGUCUACUAUUUUGGCUUUCCUCUCCAACAUCGAGAAGAACAUGACGCAACGAUUCGACACCAUGCAGAACAACCAAGAAAACCAUCGUCAAUGGUGCCAGCAGCAGUUUGCUCGUGUCAACAACAAUCAGCGCAGGUAUGGUGGGACUAUUGGGCAGGCCUUUGUGCGCGGUGAUCCACAAGAGCAGGCUAGGCGCCGCAAUCAUGCUGCCGAAUCUACAGGUGAUGGCAGGGUUACCAGAAUCAUUGACAGGAUCAUUGCUGAUGGCAAGGAUCAGCGCAACCCCUAUGUCAAAGCUGUGGGAUUCCGCAUUGAUCCCCAGCUCUGUGCUGAGGCCAUCUAA